CAGACCUUCCCCUUUGUGUUCUUACGAAGCCGGAAGUGCACAGCGAUGAAUGCUCUCACUUCCUCGGUCAUGUUUGGCCGCCUGUAACAACAGCAGCAGCAUCAAACAAGAGAUAACCUAAUGAUGGAAGAAUUUGAAGAAGGCGAGGCUCCUCCUGCUGAGGAUCUGCUUCAAUGCCACAUCUGUAACAGAUCUUUCUUCCCCAAAGUCCUGGAGAAGCAUACUAAAAUUUGCCAAAAGUCAGCGACCAAAAGGAGGAAAGUUUUUGAUUCCAGUAGACAGAGAGCCGAGGGAACGGACAUCCCCACGCUCAAGCCUAUCAAACCAAAGUCACAAAGUUCAUCUUCUUCAGAAAAAAAAGCAGAACCUCCUAAGAAACCUUCCAACUGGCGCAAGAAACAUGAGGACUUCAUCGCUACCAUCCGGGCUGCAAAGGUAGUCAGUCAGGUCAUUAAGGAUGGAGGACCACUACCCCCACCUCCUCCUCCUACUUAUGACCCAGAUUAUGUCCAGUGCCCGUACUGUCAGCGGAGGUUCAACGAGAAUGCGGCUGACAGACACAUCAAGUUUUGCCAGGAACAGCAUGCCCGUAUGCCCAACAAGGGCAAGACGGGAGAUACGAAAAAGCAACCUGCUCGCACACAGUUCAAGCCUUCUACUCCUGCAAAGAAGGCUGACACUCCUGCUGUGUCAACCAUCCCUUCAGCCACCUCUCGUUUACCGCAGAGAUCAGGCCUCGGACAGGCCACUGGAAUCCCAUCUAGUAAGGCCUCUUCUGCAGGCUCAAUGAGGAGUAAUCCCUCCGGCCUCACAAGCCCUCCAUCAGGUGUGGGAAAUAAGACCCGAGCAGUGAGCUCUGGCUAUGGCUCUGUGAGGAACACUCAGUCUGGAAUAGGUCUCAACAAGAAGAAAGUAGACACUUACAUAUCUAGGAACGAUGUCGAUGGCGUGAACGAAGUUGGAAACGGUGGGAUGAAGAGCAAGUUCUGUCAUGCUUGUGGAACCAAGUACCCUGUUGAAUCCGCCAAAUUCUGCUGUGAGUGUGGGGUCCGGAGGAUGUGUAUCUGAUGGAGGCUGGAAGGACUAGAAACCAGAAGAACAUAGGGAUGCACCAGUACUCAACUUAGCAUCAGAGGGUUUCAAAAGCGCUAUUUAGAUUUUUUUUUUUAAAAGUCAUGUCCAUCUGUACUUUCACACUUGGGUCUAAUUGUCACGGCAGUAAAGUGGUUUCAUCGGCAGGAAACCCUGUGAUGCUGUGUUUUCUUCUUCUGCUUCUUCUUCUUCAAAAUGUUUGUUUAGCUGUUUAGUUGCUGUACAAUGUCAGAGUAGUACAAAUUUGCACAGACAGUAUCAGCUAUGGAAAGCUAUCAUCGCAUCUUAGGAAGAGGUUAGGGAAAAGAGUAGGUAAAGGCUCAGAGGUGUGUUGUAAGAGUUUAAAGUGUAAGAUGACUCAUUAGAGCUGCAUGUCAUGGCCCCUGUAUCUCAUUCCCCCAUUAGCCGUGACCUGAAAUGCAUUCCUGAAUCCUGUUGGCCUUUGCUUACUUACAAACAGAGUAUGUUGAUGUGCAAUAUGAUUGACUACUGAGGAAAACGGUGUGGUUUCUAAAAGGAAAUGUUUUGGAAUUUUUGGAAAGAUUAUCACCUUGUUUUUACAGGAACCAGUCCAAAAACUAACUAGCUGUCAAAAGGUCAGUGCUCCCUUUAAGAUCACUUUACAGUCAAAGUUUGUAAUUAUCAUAGGACUGACUUUUCUAGAUAAAUGUAGCAUUUGCUCAAACCUUUUUAAUCCCAUAUACAAUGUGAUGGGUUAUUUAUUUUCUUAUUCCCUUUCCCUUAUCCAUUUUUACUCAAUGAACAAUGACUGCACCUUUUUUUGUCAAUGCUCUGCAGAAUUAUAAUAUUUUUAUUUGGAUUUGCAUGAAACCUAAAUGCACCUGGAUGUGUUGCAUUUGCUUUUUCCAUGUCAGUGUUUCUAUUGAGUCAGUAUUCAAUUCUUAAGAUUAUUAAAGUCAAUAGUACAGGAACACUGACCUAAUUUUACAUGCUCUGUAAGGGGAAUGGUUUAUUUCUCUGUCUGAUAUAACAAACACUAUUUAUGACUCCACACAGUUCAGGUACAGGUGGAACACUAAGUUACAGUUGAUUAAACAGUUCAUGUUAAUUAGUGGUGGUUAAGUUUGAUAAUCUUUAAGGGGUGAGGCUUUUGUUUCAAGUUCCACAAGGCAAACUGUAUUUAUGUUACAUGACAACAAAUGUUGAAACAGGACUGGACUGUUGUGUUUUUCUGUACUGAUUGCAACAUUUGUUGGCCGAGAUACGGUUGUGCACUUAACUCCAUGUCUAUCCAACAUAAAUAAAAUUCUAUGACAACAGC